GUCGUUUGGCCCUGCCCACACCGUCAGGCAGUUAGGGAGCCACAGUGCCAGUAUCGGUGCCAGCUGCCGCGCGUUGAGGGCCUGGCUGUAGUGGUGGGCGCCCGUGUGACUGUGGCUCUCUCUCUCUCCUCACGUGUGCGGCGCCUUUAGUGAAAAAAAAAACCCUUUUCAAACUAAGCUUCAUCCUUCGUCAGUAGAGUCAGUGCCUUCCAGUUAGUCUGCAGGAGUUCCCCAAGGGUUUGUUUUGGUAUUCAGCGGUUUAUUUGGUGCCUAAGGGAAGGUUCUUGGACUUGUUGUGUGUUUGAAGGCGUUGUCUCCCCAGCGAAGGCGUCUCCUGCUCUGUUCUCUCUCCCCCCGGUGCAAGUCUGCCGUCUCCUCUCCUGAGAUUUUUGAUGGUGUUCCUGCUGCUGGUGCUACUGGAGUGCUGAUCGCUGUCUUGGCUUGUGAUGACCAUGGAGAGAAAGUGAGCGAGUGGGAUAGAGAAAGAGAGAAAGGAGCGACAUGGGAGAAGAAACGAAAUACUGUGGAAAUUGUAAGAGGGAAGUUUCAGCCACCAACUUCACGGUCCACACAGUCCACUGCCAGAGGAACAUUGCCCUGUGUCCUCUGUAAGAGCCCGUGCCACGCUCUACCUUCCAGCAUCACCUGCAAACUGAACACGAGGAGGUGCGGUGUCAGAAAUGCGACGCUGAGAUGGAGCCCGCUAGAGUCUUUGUACAUGAGAAGGAGGAGUGCCCGAAACGCCUCCUCGCCUGCCAGCACUGUGAGUUAGAGGUGCAGGCGAGUGAGCUGCAGAGACAUGUGGAGUACUGCGAGGCGAGGACUGAGCGGUGUAAAGGCUGUACCAAAUAUGUACAAGUCAAGCAUCUGCAGUUUCAUUACGAAAGUGACCACCGCUACCUAAGGCCUGAGGAUAAAGUCGGCGUUAACAGCUCUGACGAUGAGGCGAGUGACGAGUGUCCAAUCUGUCUGGGGCCCUUCACCCUCCCGCUGGCUCUGGAAUGCGGCCACACCUUCUGUAUGGUUUGCGUGAAGGGCAUCGCUAACACCACCAAGAACUGCGCCAUCUGUAGGAGGGACAUCCCCAGAGACAUGCUCAUGGACGUCAGGUUCUGCCGAGAGGAGGAGAUCAUCAAGAACUACGUGAACAAGCCGAGGAAUAAGAAGAACACGCGAAGCCACAGUGUUCCCAACAGAAGCUCAUACAGCGCCACACCCACACGCCGCCUUGUUCACCAUACCACUCAGGACUAUGAUGAUAUGGUGAACGCCCUACUUUCCUCCCGCACCUCCUCCACCUCCUACAGGUACCAGCGCCCCUCCAACACCCACACCCCUCCCUCCUACACCCCCUACUCUUCCACCACCACCUCCACCACCACCUCCUCCUCCUCUUCCUCCUCCUCCUCCUGCCAAGAAUCCUGCCAAGAGUCCUGCAGUGACAAGAAGGAAACCGCUAAUGAUGAUGAUUGUUGCUGCUCCUCCUCCUCCUCCUCCUCCCCUUCCACCCCCUCCUCCUCCUCCUCCCCCUCUUCCACCUCCUCCACCACCACCACCACCACUACCCCCUCCAAACGCGCCCAUACAACCUCCAGCACCACCUCCCACACCCGCCCCUCCACUGCCGCUACUACUACUACUACUACUACUGCAAGAGCAACUACGACUACUACUACUACUACUACAAGGACUGCUACGGUUCCUGCUACCCCGAGAACCACCACAGCCUCUUCCUCAUCCUCUUCCUCCUCCUCGACCCCCUCCUCUACCUCCUCCUCCACCUCCUCCUCUCCCUCCAGUCUGUCCAAUGGUGCUCGUCCACGCAGACCGACAUCCCUCGCUCUGGAAACAAUGUCCACUGUUGGCUCUCUCUCUGCAGCCACCAGUCCUUCCUCCCGCGGUGAAGACUCCACCAGGACGCGCCCCCCGAGGAACGCCACACAGGAACAAUAUGACCGGUGGCUUGCCUUUCAGCUCGCUAAGGCUGAAGACGACUUACCCGCUGCAGAGUUCAAUAGGAAGCACAAACCAGCCUUCAAGCGGUCCCAGUCCAUGCCAGACCGACCAGACACCUCUUCAAGCAGUGAGAGCGAAUCAGACACAGAAAAUUCUCCAAGGCGCAGCACAAGACGCCCUCCAGCCUCCCCAAGGACUCUCCCCUCCUCCUCCUCCUCCUCCUCGGCCUCCUCCUCUUCCAGCACCACGCCCAUUAGCAAGUCCUCCAGUGAGUCUAACGCCACCACGAGCAGCAGCAGCAGCAGCGUGUUGAGUACAGGAGCACGCCCCAAGAACACUCGCCUCAAGAAACGUGUGUCCUUCAGGGAGGAGACGACCCCCGUGCGUCGCGAGGCCCCGGUGCUGCUGCCGUGUGAGUUUUGUGAUGAAAUGUUCUCAGAGCGUGACCUGAUGAGGCACCAGACCAGCUGUGACAAGAACGAGACCCAGCUGCCACGGACCUCCCGCCUCACGCCCCUCUCCACGCCACCCACCAGCCCCUCCUCCAGCGCCUCCUUCAUCCCCUCCACCUCCUCCACCUUCAGUCCAUCUUCCUCCAGCUCCCUCAUCUCUGCUGCCUUAGCCUCGGCUUCCUCUACCGCUGCUGCUUCCUCUUCAUCUGCCACCACCACCUCUUCCACCUCCUCCUCCUCUUCUACUGCAACUUCCUCUUCCUCCUCCUCCUCUGCCUCCGCCGGUACAGUCAGACCCAGGACAGCCGCCCCCCGUCCCUCCGCCGCCGCCUCCGCCAGAAGGUCUAGUGCCGGCACGGAAGCCUCCAGCAGGGCCAGCCCAGCUCCUGCCCCAGCCAGGACCCCCGCUUCGUCCCAGCGCAGGAGCCCCACGCUGAGCCCCCCGCCCCACGCAGGCACGCCGCCCCCAGCCACCAUCACCAUCGUGGACCGCCCCCCGCCCUCCGUAGUGGUGUCAGCAGCCAGCGCCAGGCCCUUCAGCGAGAGCCCCGCUCCCAGCGCCUCCACUAGCAGCGCCUCCGUCUGUACCUCGCCUUCCACCAGCUCCUCCGCCUCCCCAGUGCCCGCCCCCACCUCGGCCCCUGCGGACACGCCCACCACGGACCUGGAGAUGGAGGAGAUGGAGGAGGAGACGCCCUACAUGCGCCCACGCCGCGGCCGCCUCCUGUCCUCCGCCAUUUUCUCCUGGCGCAGCAUCUCGGCCACGGGCGCAGCCUCCCGCAGGGGGUACAUGCGCUCCAACACGGCGCCCCUCGAGGACACGGGCGUUGAUGAGGACGAAGAGACACCCGCGCCGCCAGUCCUCACCAGCCUGUCCGCCACCCAGCUGCCCCCCACGUCCCCGGAACCACAGAGCACCCCUCCUCCUGCCCGCCGGCAAGCCCCGACCCCACCUCCAACCCGCCCCACCCCAGCCUCACCCUCCACCACCCGCCGCCCUGCCCCGUCAUCCCCACCAGCCAGGCCACCGCCCCCAGCCUCACCCCCGCAGUCCCAGGAGCGCCCCGAGGCUGUCUUCGUCAAGAACCCCAACAAGUACCGCGCCCCGCCGCCACCACAACCCCACAGCCCCAGCACAGACCCCCAGCCACCCAACACCCCGCAGCCACAACACACCCCGGCCAACACACAGACACCCCCGCCACAACCCAAAGCAACAACCACAACAACAAAAGCACAAACACAGCAACUCAAAACAUCCUCCACCUCCACCUCCUCCACCUCCUCCACCACUGCCACCUCCUCUGCCUCCUCCUCCUCCACCCGCAAGUCCACCGCCCCCCCGCCCCCCAAGAAGCAAGGGGAGACUAAGGGGUCGACGCAGCAGCUUAAUGGGUUCCGGUUUGACAGUCAGCCCAUGAUGGUUGGUGGCAUAGAAGAUGGGAUCCCGUGUGAGUUUUGCAGUAAAGUGUUGCCGAGCAGCAAGUUUCAAAGCCACCAGACGAUGUGUGAGGCAGCAACACAACCACCCACACUACGCCCAACGUCUCCUGCACCAGCUGAGAGGCCCGCCAGACCCCCCCCGCCCGUGGAAAAGCCCGAAACGAGUAAAGCCAAGAGUCCCAUCCCAGCCAGACACAAGAAGGGCCCAGCUCCCCCGCCCCCGUCAGAGGAGCAGCCCAAGGACGCCCCCAAGCCCGCCAAAGGGGAGGAGGGACACAAAGCCAGACGGUCCUCCCCCAUCAGGAAUAGAAUGGAAAGAUCCCACUCCGUCAUGGAUGAACGAGUAUGUUACAGCGAGAAAGUGCGAAUCAACAGACAUUUGCAUCGAACCAACAGCAUCAAGGAGUCUAGUUCCCGCACCAGCCUCUACAAAGACUCCUCCUCCUCCUCCUCCCGCGCCUCCUACUGCAGUCCCAGCCCGAGUCUCGCCCGCCGGUGGAGCUCCAGGGAGGUCCUAUACGGCAACAGUAUGGACUCUCCGUCGUCUUUCGCGUCCUCCUCCUGUUGGGGUGGCAGUAGUAGCAGUCUGUACGGCGCCGGGCUCUCCUCCACUGGCGUGUCUUCAGGGCUCUCGUCAGGAUACACGUCAGGGCACGGGUGGGCGUCUCCUCUCAGCUUCCUGCGUGAUGAUGUGAGGGGAAGGCUCUCUUCAUCCUCGUCCUGUGCCGCCGCUGCCUCAUCCGCCUCCUCGUAUUAUGGUGGUGGAGUCAGAUAUAGAGAAAGGAGCGUUAGUAGAGCAAGGCCCACCUCCCUUUACACAACCAGCGACGCUUGGGGCUCUCUCAUGGACCUCCACUCUCCCACGCGACAGUUCAACAUUGCCGACACUUUUUCGUCAGCCUCUUUAGCUUAUGUGCCUACGAAGCGACCUAGUAAGAAGUACAGAGCCCCACAGCCCCCUUGCAGGACUGCCUGACCCACACCUGCCCACACCUGUCACGGAGAAAGGAAGGAAAGGAAGGAAGGAAGGAAGGAAGGAAGGAAGGAAAGGUGUAUAUGUAAGAGAAUUUGUAUAUAAGAAAAACUGAAGGAAGAAGAAUGAAAGAAGUUAUUUGGGUUAGUUUGCAUUGAAAGAAGGAAGGAAGGAAGGAAGGAAGGAAGGA